AUGGGUUCUGUGCUGUCACCUACGAGCCUCUCAGCACCCUCUGAUGUGGGGCAGGAGCAUCUCACGCUGAGCCCUGUGAGGGUGAACCUGGCUCCCCAGUCAGGCAACGUGGGCCUUUCGAGUCCCACACGGAGGUGCAAGGCGGGUGUUGGCAGCCGCGCUGCUAAUUCUGAGGAUGUUCGAUGUAAAUGCAUCUGCCCUCCUUACAAAGACCAUUCGGGCAAUAUUUUCAACAAAAAUGUUUCACAGAAAGACUGUGACUGUCUUCAUGUGGUUGAGCCUAUGCCUGUCCCUGGACCUGAUGUAGAAGCGUACUGUUUACGUUGUGAGUGCAAAUACGAAGAGAGAAGCUCUGUCACAAUUAAGGUUACAAUCAUCAUAUACCUGUCUAUUUUGGGCCUACUGCUCCUGUACAUGGUGUACCUUACACUGGUGGAACCUAUACUGAAGAGACGUCUAUUUGGGCAUUCACAGCUCAUACAAAGUGAUGAAGACAUUGGGGACCACCAGCCUUUUGCAAAUGCUCAUGAUGUGUUGGCUCGUUCUCGAAGCCGCGCCAACGUGUUGAACAAGGUGGAGUAUGCUCAGCAGCGCUGGAAGCUGCAGGUCCAGGAGCAACGCAAAUCUGUCUUCGACCGUCAUGUUGUGCUGAGUUAACUGAGUCUCAUUAAAUAACUCCUGGGAAAUAAAGUGGACUGUUUGAGAACUAGGUCUUCCUGACAAUUUGGAAGGGUUUUCUUGAAUGGCUUAUUAUUGAUUUAAAACAAAAAAACCCAAC